GGCAGGGCCGCGGCCGCACCGGGCGGCGGGCGAGGGCGAGCGGCCGGCGACGGGCCUGGGGCAGCUGCCGGGGUCCCUGGGCUCCCUGCUGGCGAGGGAGAUCCAGGCGGCGGUCCACAGCGCCCUGGACGAGCAGGCGGCCCGGGCGCGGCAGCAGGCGCCGCCGCAGCGCCAGCAGGAGGCACCGCCGCCCCAGGCCCGGGCCGAUGCCGGCGCGAGCCCGGAGCGGCGGCGCACGCCCUGGCCGCAGCUGCUGGCAUCGGGGGGGCCUGGUUGGCGGCCGGGCACCGCGGAUCGGAACGCCGCCGCCGCCGGGCCGCGGCAGGCCAGCUCAAAGGCCCGCCCGCUCAAGCCCGAGGCGCCCACGGGGCAGGACAAGAGCCGCCACGCGCCAGGCCGCGAAUGACUGGGACCCAGCGCAACGGAUGGCCUAUCUCGUGUCGCUGAGCAUCGCCGACGCGCGCGCGGAGCCAGGGCUGAUGCGGUUCCUGGACGGCGUGCUUGCGGCUGCGCCGAUGCCAGUUCCCUGGUCUGCAUUUGUGGACCAGUUCGGGCACACCUUCUUCUACAACGAGGGCAGCGGAGAGAGCACUUGGAAGCACCCGAUGGAGCACAUCCUGAAGGACCUCGCAGCCACGUGCCGGCGGUCCCUGAAGCUGCCCGCAGGCAAGCGCAACGAGUGGCUGCAGGCGGUGGUGGACGCGUGGACAGCGAAGGCCGCGAAAGAGUAUGCGAAGUGGUACGCGGCCAAGGAUUCCGAAGGGCGAGAGUACUAUCUAGUGUCCGAGACGAACGAGACUAUGAGAGAGCACCCAGUGAAAGCGGUCUUGCCCGCCCAUUACGUCAAGAUCGAAUUCGCAAGGAAGCUCCUUGACCACUCGUACGUGGACAGCUUACUGGCGCUGCCCACGACGGCGCCUCCGCAGCCAGCGUGGCGGGGUCCGCACGACGCCGUCUUCGUUGAAGCGAAGGCUGAAGUUGGCCACCCGCAGCGAGGGCACUCGUAACUACUCCCAGCGAGCCCGGACUGCGUGAGUUGGCCGCGCAGGUCGGAGAGGCCCGAUCGGCCAGAGAAAGAGAGCGCCUCUUGCUCUGCGCGGGGGUUCGUCGCUCGCGACAGGGCGCUCCCACAGGGCCCCUUCCAGUGGCACCACAGCCAGUAGCGAGUGGAAUGUGGGCGGUCGAGCAGAUGAGUAAGCAGCCGCCCGUGUAGACGCUGGACUGCCUGGACGAGCAAGGGGGUCCGGCUUGCAGUCAGCGGCGGUGCCUGAGUUCGCGGCGCCGAGGUGCCGAUUCGCUGUCGCCGCGAAGGGUGCGCCGGCCGAGUGCACAGCACCGAUCGUGUCCCGCACGCCUGGGGGGCUUCGACGUGCAGCACGGCCCUGACGUGGCCGAGCUUGUCGCCCCAGCGACCGUGCCGGGGCUUUUCCGCAACUGUCGCUGUGCCCGCUGGGCCGCGGUGACUGCCACGGCUCAUGAGGGUGAA